AUGGCUUCCAGCAGCAACACGGACUAUGGACAUCAACAGCCCUCAGCCACAGCACAGGCCACCAACACCAUCAUGGCCAUUGGUGGCAGCACACCUAUGGGCAUCUAUUAUUAUUCACCAACCGCAGAUUCUAUCAUUAGAAAGUCAGAGAUAGAAGAUGCUGAUUGUGUCUUCCCAUUCUGGUACAGACAUGAAAUAUUCUACGACUGUGUCAAUUUCAAUGCAAGACACAAGUGGUGUUCUUUGAACACGACUUUUCAAGGUUUCUGGAAGUACUGUUCUUUCUCAGACUAUGCUCAGUGUUCCUUUCCCUUCUGGUUCAGAAACAUGAUCUACUGGGAUUGCACAGAGGAUGGGGAGGUGUUUGGAAAAAAGUGGUGUUCACUCACCCCAAAUUUCAACAAAGACCAGACUUGGAAAUAUUGUAAAUAA